UAGUCAGGAGAGUCUGUGUUGACAGCAGGAGCAGGCAGUCUUGAGUGUGCAGCUCACAUAGUUACAUGCACUCAGUGGUAAGGAGAUUGAUCUACUCUGCAUCUACCAAGGCAGAAGAACUGAAAUCCCAUAGAAGCAGUGUGGGUCCUUGAUAACUACAGGGUUUUUUUUUAGUUUUUAUGAACCUGCAACUUCUAGAUUUCUCAUCAGGAAAAACCAACUCUGGAGAAGCUGGAAGUAUCUAGCUGCUCAAGUGGCAAGGGUUCAGUGGCCAGUCUUUAGCUUGUGUCUGAGUCUAUGGGUUUGCCUGCUUGGUCUGCUAGUGUAAUAUCACAGAUGGCUAUCAGAGAGUCUGGAUGUCAGAUGGAUGCUUCUCCUGUGUAGAUCAGAUGUAGGACAAGCGGUGGAUGGGUUGCUCCUGUGGUUAUUGCAAGUGACAGAUGAAAGCUGGAGCACCAGUAACAUAUAUGAUCUGGAUUCUCUGGACUGCCUCUGGUUUGUCUGGUCAGGAUUUCAUUUCCCAGGAUCUCUGCAACACAAGCUUAGCCAGCUGCCUCCAUGCAACAUGCUACCUGCAUCACUCCCAGCCUCUCACAGGAGCCUGCUUGCUGACUUUUCAACAACAAACCAUGUGCAUCUGAAAAUUGAAAAGUAACCUUCCACUAUCAAUUUUUUCAUCUGCUCUGUUCCUCUUGCCAAGUUCUUAUUGGAAAUCGGUUGUGGAUAGUUAUUUGCUUCUUUUUUUCUGGAUCAUCUGGAAAGAAAGAAUUGCAGGAGUCCAUAAAACUCCAGACUGAAGAACAUAGGAAGGAAAGCAUUAUAAGGUUACUAUGCAAUUGCGACUGAUUUCUUUGUGUUUUAUCAUUUUGAACUUUUUGGAAUACAUUGACAGCCAGCAGGUCCCCAGAGGGAGGCGACAUCGCAGAAUGCAUCCUAAUGUGAGCCAGGGUUGUCAAGGAGGAUGUGCUACCUGUUCUGAUUACAAUGGCUGUUUGUCAUGUAAGCCUCGACUAUUUUUUGCUCUUGUAAGGAAUGGCAUGAAGCAAGUUGGGGUUUGCCUACCAUCAUGUCCAAGUGGAUACUAUGGAAUAAGAUCUCCAGAAAUAAAUAAGUGCACAAAAUGCAAAGCUGAUUGUGAAACAUGCUUCCACAAAAACUUCUGCACAAAGUGUAAAAGUGGAUUUUACUUACACAAUGGAAAGUGCCUUGAAACAUGCCCAGAUGGGUUUGAGAACAAUAACCACAGUAUGGAGUGCAGUAAUAUUGUGCACUGUGUGGUCAGUGAGUGGGGUCAGUGGGGCCCCUGCACAAAGAGGGGGAAGACUUGUGACUUCAAAAGAGGAAACGAAACCAGAGUCCGUGAAAUACUACAGCACCCUUCACCAAGGGGCGAUGCUUGUCCACCAACAUCGGAGACAAGGAAAUGCAUAGUUCAAAGAAAGAAAUGCCAAAAAAGGCAAAAAGGGAAACAAGAUGAAACCAAAAAGAAUAAGCAAAGAAGAAAGGAUGGAGAUGUGCCAAGAAAACAAAGGCAGAGAAAGCAGGAGAGAAGUCAAAGAGGAGAUGAAAAGCCACAAGAAAUUAAAGUCUAGAUUGUGAAAAAGUGCAGAAGGUGCAGCCAAUUAUCUUCCUGCGAUAUUAUCGGACAUUGAAGGCCUCACAUGGCUUCCUAUGCUGCUAUAUUGAUCACAUCCACAAUGGACUGAGCCUCUGAUUGGACAUUUAACAUACAGCUAAGGCCCAUACAACAUUCCAAGCCUCUCUUAUCCUUAUUGUGGAAAUACUGUUAAAAAAGGAAAAGAAUGAGAGCCAAGAAGGGAGCCAAUAAGAAUUCUUAUGAAAUUAAGAAAUUGUGCACAGUGGAUGCUUUAGCCUUGUAUGCUUCCGUGUGUAUAAAGACUUUUUGUAUGUAAUUAUUAAUAGUAUAGAAUAUAUAUCAAUAUUAUGAACGACACAUGGAUGAGCAACCCUUUCCCUUAUUUUGUAAAAUAUUUUUGAAGCGUUUUUUUAUUUCAUUUUGUUUUUAUGAUAAUAGGCAAGUUAUAUGCUGAAUUAACAGCACAGUUUCCUCUAACACAUUUCUGUUGUCAUUGUCUGUUGCAGAACGAUUACAGAGUCAAUUCCAGAUUAUUCUGUGUCCACCAUUCCCAUUGAAAAGUAAUUCCAAAA